CCUAAUGGGGAACCUCUUACCCAUUAGCAGAAUUAUUAUUGUAAAAGAACCUGAUUGGAAAUUAUGGAUUUUUAGACAUCAGUAGAUACCUGCGAUUUAAUAAUAGAUGCAUGAAGGUAACAAAACUGGAUCAGCAGCACUUUGAUAGCUAUGAUCUAUUUACAACUAUCCAGCAAGCAAGGAGUUAACCAGCCAGCCUUUUGGAAGAGGAAAUGAAGGCUUGUGUGGUCUGAUGUACUGUGACAGCAGCUUUGGGUAUGUUUAUCAGGAGGAGAAAAUUCAGUGUCAAAAGCCCAUUCAACUUCGUAGCUUCCUUUCUUUUAUCCUUCAGCUUCUGAGAACCAAUAUGUUGCAUCAGAUAGCCUUGUUGGCCACUGUAACCAUUUUGGGAGUGUUGGAACAAGCCUAUUUUGCCAUGCAGGUGAUCUAUGCUCGGCGGAAAUGCAAAGUAUCUCCUCCUGGUGUAUCUGGUCCACCAGAAUUUGAAAGAAUCUUCAGAGCCCAAGUGAAUUGCUCAGAAUACUUCCCAAUAUUUCUCUCUCUCUUGUGGGUGGCUGGAGUCUUUUUCCAUCAAGGAUUGGCUGCGUUCUGUGGAUUAAUUUACCUGUAUGCUCGCUAUCAGUAUUUCAGUGGAUAUGCUUGGACUGCACAAGGAAGGGUUAGCUGCUUUGUGCAAAGAAGAGCUGGAACAAAAAAAGUUAAGUUUAUACACAUGACGAGCAAGACAGCAAGAGAAUGAAAUACAACCUGCCUCUCAGAUGAACUUUGUUGUAGUGCUGGGGAGAAUGGAUGAAGAAACAAUGAGUGACUUCCAAAAGUUAAGGGGAUCCUUCCCAUUCUGCAUCCCACAAACCCCACGCACUCACCGUUCAAUGCGUAACGGCUUAAAGAAACGGAAACGUAUGAAGUCACCCAUGGUAGGGGUAAAUGCCCAAAAGAAAUCUUCUCUC